ACAAGGUAUGGUUGUGAACCCGUAGAAAACAGAACUGCAAGUGAAUCUAAUUAAGAAUGAGCAAAUGCUCUGAUAAACUGAGUUAAGAGUAUUUCGAACCAAAUAUUUGAAACAGGACAAUGCGAUGGAUUUAAGCUCGAGUUUGGAUGUGUGGCAUAUAAAGCUAACACCAUAAAAACAAGGGUUAGAAGUGACAGGCAUGCACUUGUCUUCUCUACAACCAAUUUUGAGAGAUGGAUGGUUCUCAGGAGGACGAGGAUGACUCUGUUUUAUUGUGGUUGAAUGAAUGACAACGUUCACCUCGCUGAAAUUGUACAAUGCCAUCCGUUGCCCAUGUCAGAACAUUUUCUAAACAGGGCCGCUUGAAGGAGGCAAUACACAUUCUUCUUAAUACUUACAGCCCGGCUGCGAAUAAUUCAACAAAUCUUCUACUAUUGCAGAGCUACGUUGCAAGGAACGCGCUUUCAGAGGUGGAUGCUCGGAAGAUUUUCGAUCGCAUGACAGAACGAGAUACGAUGUCAUGGAAUGUGAUAAUUGCGGCUUACAGAAAACAUGGGCUUCCUCAAGAGGCAUUGGCACUCUUUCAUCAAAUGCAGAAAACAGGUGUCGCACCUGAUCAGUUCAUCUUUGCCAGCAUUCUUCCAGCUUGUGCCAAAAUGGGAGCUUUGCAGCAGGGUAUGGACAUCCAUGAAAGAAUAAUAAAAAGUGGGUUUUUGUCCGAUGUUGUGAUUGGAAACGCCCUGAUAGAUAUGUAUGCAAAAUGUGGAAGGAUACGUGAGGCACGAAAAUUGUUUGACAAAUUUCCCAAACGAGAUGUUGUCUCAUGGAAUGCUAUGAUUGCCGGAUAUGCUCAAAAUGGUGUUCUUGUGGAGGCUUUAAGGCUGUUUAAUGAAAUGCCUCAAGCAGAUGUGGUUUCAUGGAAUGCAAUUAUUGCUGGAUACGUGCAGAACGGAUUUUCUGAGAAAGCCCUGGAGAUGUUUAAGCAAAUGCAACUAGCGCAAGUCCAACCUGAUCAGGGCACCUUUGCCAGCAUCCUCCCAGCCUGUGCCAGAAUGGGAGCUUUAGAGCAAGGUAUGGAGAUCCAUUAUACCAUAAGCAGAAGUGAGUUGUCAAGGAAUGUUUUAAUAGGGAACGCCCUCAUAGACAUGUAUGCGAAGUGCGGGAAUAUACAGAAGGCACGCGAACUGUUUGACAAAAUGUCUCAACAUGAUGUGGCCUCAUGGAAUGCAAUGAUUGCAGGUUAUGCACACAAUGGCAAUAUUGAUGAGGCUUCAAGGCUUUUUGAAGAAAUGCCUGAACGAAACUUAGUCUCGUGGAAUGCUAUCAUUGCUGGAUAUGCAAAUAAUGGGUUCGGUGAAAAAGCCUUACAUGUUUAUAAGCAAAUGCAACAAUCAGGUGUGCAACCUGAUCAAUGCACUUUUUGCAGCAUCCUCCCAGCUUGUGCCAAAAUGGGAGCUUUGAAACAGGGCAUGUACAUCCAUCAACACAUAAUCGAAAGUGGACUUUUGCUGGAUGUAGUUGGGAGUGCUUUGAUAGACAUGUAUGCAAAAUGUGGAAGCAUGCAGAAGGCGCGUGAGUUGUUUGACUCAAUCUCCUUACGAGAUGUGGUUUCAUGGACCUCGAUGAUUUCAGGGUAUGCAAUGCAUGGCUAUGGAAAGGAUGCUCUCAAACUCUUUGAACUAAUGAAGAACUCUAGAACCUACCCUGACCAUGUAUGCUUUGUUUGUGUUUUAUUUGCAUGCAGCCAUAUAGGGCUAGUGGAUGAGGGCUGUAAAUACUUCAUUACAAUGAGUGACUUUUAUUGUAUUGUACCUACAAUGGAUCAUUAUGUAUGCAUGGUUGACCUUCUUGGACGUGCUGGCCAUCUCGAGGAAGCCCUAAACUUUAUCAUAAAAAUGCCAAUCAAACCUGAUGUGGUCGUGUGGGUGUGUUUGCUUGGCUGUUGUAGAUCACUUCAAAAUUUACCAUUAGGUGAAUUUACAGCAACUCUCCUUUCUGAGUUGGAUGCUAUAAAUGAUUCACCUUAUGUUCUUCUGUCAGACAUUUAUGCAGAAGUGGGUAGGUGGGGUGAUGUUCAAAAGGUAAGGAGAUUGAUGAAAGAUAGAGGAAUCAAAAAGAUUCCUGGAUGUAGUUGGAUUGAAGUCCACAAAAUGAUCCAUGCUUUUUGAGUAAGAGAUAGGUAAACAUCAACAGGUUCGGGAUAUCUAUGUAAAGAUGGGAAAAUUUUACUGGGAGAAGAAGGCAGCGGGGUUUCCCAGAUUCAUGAUGUAGUGAAUGAUGUGGAGAACAAAUAAUUAUUCCCCUUCCACCACAUUGAGAAGCUGGCAAUUGCACUUUGGUUAUCAAACAUGUCACCUGAAAGAACUGUUAGGGUUGUUAAGAACCUUCAAGUCUCUGUUGACUGCCACACUGCAACAAGUUUUAACUGCGAUUGUUGCAAGAGAUUUUUUCGUGAGAAAUCCAAACUGUUUCCUUUAUUUCAAAUAUGAAUGAUGUUCUCGUGGAGAUUAUUGGCGAUGCUAAGUGAAGCAAGCUAGAAAAACAGGCUUGCACCAUAGAUUGUUUAUCGGGUCAAACUUGCAGAGGUAGGGAGAACUCAAUCUUAUUUUCAGUUUUUAAGAAAUGUUUUUUAAGUGUUUAGAAAACUAGAGUAUGCUCUGACUUAAUGAAAUCAUAUGUAGGGUAUGCAUCAUUGCCUAGAUAUAGUGAUAGGGCAUCUUUUAGAGGCGUGUUGUAUCUGUGGAGCAGUAAAGAAAUUCAACUACU